ACUACCCUUAGCCAGCUCGAUGGUUGGGGUAGCCAAGUCCACAGCCUGUAAGAGCUGUAAAAGCAGACGGAUCAAGUGCGACCAGCGUUGGCCAACAUGCGGACAAUGCAGAAGGAAACUACUUAAAUGCCCCGGACCAUCGAGCCUACUCAAAUUCGUCCACGAGGGAGGAGGUAGCAAUCAAGCUCGGUCGGCAAGCCAGCCCGAUCUCUCACCGAGGCCUGAGCCUAGUUCAAGUCGCAUUCGACUUCUCGAUUCCCGGGUUACAGAUGAUCGUGGAAGAUAUCUUUCCAUAGUGGAUGGGAAUGCAGGCUACAGAAAGAUGAAGCUCGUAUCCGUGCCUCCAAAUAUGACGCCUCUCGAACAUCAAGCGGGUGCCCGGCUGGUCAACUCCCUGGAAGGCGACCCCAGUCUCUUGACCCUGUUCAACUUUCUGCAGCAUAUGCCUGCUCGCUUCGUCCAUAGCCCGUGCCUCAGAGACGUCGCUAUCCUUUUUUGCUCCACGCAUUCGGCUCUUCGUAGGGGAGGCUCUCCGACCACGGAUGUGAGCAUCAUGAGGGAUUAUGGCAGGGCUCUUCGGACACUACGACAAACGCUGGAGGCAAAGGAUCUCGAGCUGGAGACAUUGGCAUCUGUCGCCUUGCUUAGCCGUGCAGAAUCCGUUUUCAACCCAUUUUGGACUCCAUUCAACCGCACACAUGCCGAGGCAGUGGCCUCCUUCGUGGUUAAGUUGGGUCAUCCCGACCCCGAUAACGUGUUCCAUAUAGACGUAUUGUUUCAAAGCGUUGAGGACUUGCUCUUCCAUUCCCUCUCCAAAAGCCAGACGCAUGUUUUCAAUCAGCCAUUGUGGCGGCAAACCAUCACAGACGCCACUCUACGAUUCUUCCCACCGGAGCUGAGGCCACACGGACAUCAUAUCAUUUCUAUCUUCUACGAGUGUUUGACCAAGAUGCCUAAGUUACUUACCAAGGUGUACAAAAUCCAUCAGAACCCAUUUAAUCCCGGCAUGCAAGAACUAGCAUCAUAUCUCUCAGAUGCCCUUGCCCGAGACUUUGUUCGCGCGAAAAGCGCCUUGGGUGUAGUCUUUGAGAAGGCGUUGGACGCAGGGCAAUUCAAGAAAGCCUUUGAUGCAAAUUUCUUUCUCAGCGAGUAUUAUCAAGUUAAGAAUGCUCGCUUGGGAGAAUCCAUCACUCUAUUUCAAUCGUUAAUCGUAGGCAUCGCUCGUAUCCGCUAUGACUUGGGCACCUUAUACGGUUACGGGGCGGCGAGCUCACUGUAUGACGAAUACCGGGGCGCCUGCGAGGACUUGUGGACGUUUAUCCCUCUCCGAAUCGAACUAUAUCACACCUUUGCAUUCGGAGCCUUGACAAUACUGGCGCCGUCGUAUGAGGCUUCUGAAAAUCAUGAGAGGGAUUAUCUGAACGAUCUUCUCCAUGAUCAAUAUCGAUACUCUACAAGGCUACCCAAAGACAGGGCUAGCCUCGAGGUAGCCAUGAUAAUGCGAGCCAAAGCAAUGACGGGCCGACUGCCUCCCGCUUUUCAGCAUGGA